AAAGUUUCCGUCUUCACCACAACAACACAAUCUUCAAGGCUUCUCCUUUUUGUUGUCUUCUGCUCCAUCUCUUUGUGUUCGUCCGAAAAUAAGUCUACUCUCCAUUAAUUCCAAACCAUUCAGAUUCAUUUUCUUAGACUACUUCCUCUGCUUUCAUUGAGAUUUCCCCCACAAAUGCUCUGUUUUCAUUGAGAUUCUUUGAUUUUAGUUUACAAAAAAAAAAACCCGAUUAAGAUCCGGUUACUUAACUAAACCGGAUAAGGAAAAUGCCACCGCCGAUAUUUCCUCUCCGGUGGGAAAGCACCGGAGACCAGUGGUGGUACGCUUCACCAAUCGAUUGCGCCGCCGCGAAUGGACUAUACGACGUCGUCAUCGAGCUGCUUCAUCAAGACACAAACCUCCUCGUCAAACUCACUUCCCUCCGCCGUAUCCGCCGCCUCGAAACAGUCUGGGACGACGGAGACGGAGAUAACUGCCACGUGGCGUUAAACCGCUCCCGCGUCGCGAGGAGACUGUUGGAAGAGUGCGAAAUCGGAAACGGAGACAAUUCCCUCGUCAGAGCAGGAUACGGAGGCUGGCUGUUAUACACCGCUGCUUCCGCCGGAGAUUUGGAAUUCGUGAAGAAGCUUCUUGAGAGAGAUCCGCUUCUCGUGUUCGGAGAAGGAGAAUACGGCGUAACCGAUAUUCUCUACGCGGCGGCGAGAGGUAGAAACGACGACGUUUUUCGUCUUCUUCUUGAUUUCGCUUUGCUGCCGGCUGAUAUUGCCGGCGUCGAAGAAACCGACGGGGAGAAACUAACCGAGAAACAGUUAAUAGUAAAGCAGGAGAUGGUUAAAAGAGGGGUCCACAGUGCUGCAAGAGGCGGACACGUGGCAAUCCUCGAGGAAUUUUUACUCACAGGAAAAUACGACGCCGUUUCAGGACUCAAGGAUGCUUACGGUUCGACUCUGUUACACUCUGCCUCUAGCAGAGGUCAAAUCAAAGUGGUGAGAUAUCUUGUAUCGAAGUAUAAUGAUUCAAUCGUGGAGGUUAAAGACGGCCAAGGAAACACGGCUUUACAUAUCGCUGCUUACAAGGGUCAUUUAGCUGUAGUGGAGGCUCUUAUAGACGCAUCUCCACCGUUGAUCUCCGUUGUGAACAACGAAGGAGACACGUUUCUUCACAUGGUCGUGUCUGGUUUUGCAGCUUCCGGGUUUAAGCGGUUAGACCGGCAGAUGGAGCUUCUGAAGAAGUUAAUCUCAGGAGGAGGAGGAGGUAGCUGGUCAGUUGACUUAUCUGAGAUUGUCAACGUUAGAAACGGUAACGGAAGAACUGUGGUUCACUUAGCCGUGAUGGAUAUUCUUAACACCGUUAGACCUGACGUCGUUGAGAUUCUAUUAAUAAUCCCUGGCGUUGAUCUCAACGUUGUUGAUUCAGAUGGCAUGACUGCCGUUGAUUUGCUUGAAGGACAAACGCCGAAAACGCCGGUUUCUGAUUUAUUGAUCAAACGGCUUAAAUCCGCCGGUGGGAGAUCCAACGCCGGCGGUGAAAAGGUUUUACGGUUUCGAGAAGAGCGUUACGGAUUCUGCGGCAGUCCAGGAACUUCGUUUGAGAUAUCUGAUUCUGAGAUAUUUCUGUUCACGGCGGCGAGAACAGAUCAUACCGCCGCGAACGCUGAGAUAAGUCCAGAAAGAGAGAGUUUUGACGGAAUCAGUGAAUGCUCGACCGAAGUCUCGACGCAUUCGAAACGCAAACGCGGUGGUACAGGAGCGCGUCUUAAGCUUCUUUUACGGUGGGCGAAGAGAGAAGAAACAGAGGAAAAUCGCCGUUUCUCCGGAGAUAACAGCAACCGUCGUGUGCCUCUCAGAGAGAUGUAUUCGCCGUCUUGUAACAGAGGAAGAGCGUUUCCGCUGAGAACAGAGAGCGGCGAUCUCCCGAGUUUAUCGGUGAGACUGAAAUUCACGGAAGGGUUAAUGAAAGGAGUCGUGGUUCAGGAAUCUCCGAGGUUUGUGUUUUCGCCUCCGGUGGUUUCCGAUUACUCUGGAGCUCUGUCGUCAGCUUGUUCAUCGCCGUUUCAGACGGUUUCUUCCGAACUGGAGAGAAAAACGCCUGCUAUGAAGAAACAGAGAUCUUUUAUGAACAGGUAUUUGUGUUUUAGCGGUCGCGGAUUAGCCAUUGACGGUUCUUCUGAGAUGAGUAAUGGCUCUGCUCAUCGUCUUCGUCACCGGAGUUUCAAAAGAGUGAUGUCUUUGGUUUCUUCUUGAACUACAUAGUUUUUUCUUUUGUCACACGUGACCUAAUUCUCAUGGGUUGUAUUUCCAUAUAUCUCUAAGAAGUGAAUACAAAUAAAUUAUGGUUAUUAUUUAUAAUCGAAAUUUUACAA